GCUUAAACCACGUGACAACUUGGCGGGUCUUGCCGUUUGAAUUUGUUUGUCAAAUGUUGUAGUCUGUUGGUAUUUUCAAGCUCUAUCUGUCAUGAACUAAGAUGCAAAGCAAAUGGUAUCGACUAAACGAAGAGCAAGAUCCUCUUCUUUCACAACACUUAAUAUCAGACAGUGAAUCAGAUGAUUCUGUUUCUGAUCAUUCUAGAAGAUACGAAAUUGUUUCACGACACAAAUUAUCCGGGAUUUCUACAGACAGGCAAAGGGGCGUGGUGACAUUUGAAAGAGAAAGUAGCAAGUCAUCCUCGACUGUUGGAACGACGGAUAACGAGAUGCAAAGCAGCAGACUAAAUCGACAUCCGGACACAAAGACAUCACAUGCUUCUAGCUCUGCUACCAGUCUUGAUGAGUUGUGGAGGAGAUUUAUUGGACUGCAGAUUAUUGCGUUGGAACAAGCUCAAAUGAAUAAAACUGAUAGUUCUCAUCGCCAGGUUAUCAACAGUCAUCGUAAUCAGCUAGAUGUAAGAAACAAAAGCAGCACAAUUCCGUCACACAAUAAGCAAUCAGCAAUGUUAACAUUGACAUACAAACAUGACAAUAAAGUUGCAAUUGAAAGAAACGUAACGCCAUCACAUGUUGCUGUGAGCAAAGAGGGAAAUCCAGUGGCAUUUGAUAUCUCACCAGGUAUUUCUCAUCAUUCAACCAGACCAAGUCGGAGUGUAUCAUCUUUACAACCAGUCACUUUGCAGGAAGCUCUACUGCAUCACAAGCCAAUGUUCGCUUCUCAAGUUAACAAGAGACAGAAGUUAGUUCGAGAAAAGAGAAUGAGGGUCGUUCAAAACAAACAGUUUGUUGCAAGAGAAACUAAUAAGCCAGUUGAAUGCUGGUCCUUUGCAGAAAGACAUUAUAGACCACAACAAAGGCACAUAGAUGCCAAACAAGCCAUCCAACACACACGAAAAUUAUAUCAGCAGCUUCCUGAAGUUAAAGCCAAGCAGCUGGCUGCAAAGCAACGUGCACAACAGCAAACCAACCGUCUCAGAGCUGCCCUUUAUGGCCAGCAAGUGCGGCAAAGAUUACUAAAAUCAGCCAGAUGACACCCAACAACAGAACAAGAAAUGGACAGGCUUAGCAACUCAGACUGCUUUAUUGCUCCAAUGUCUUGCUUAAUAGUACGUAGAUAACUCAUCUUGUUCAC